UGCCAAACAAAUAGAGAACAGACAAAUAAUUCAUAGAUGAAGGACGGACAUUGGCGAUUGAAUCUUAUCAGCAGUAAUUGGCGGGAAGCAAUGGCUUCCCAAUCGCCGUCUUCCUCGUGAAAAGUAAGGAGGGGGGCCAGAAGAGCUAUGGUUCUCGUCUUCCUUCCGUGAAUGAAUUCGGCACCCAAGAAUCUAUGGUCUCUUGCCGACCACCUAGCCGUCGUACUUCAAAAGCAUUCCUUCUCUCGGAAACAGCUAGAGCAGUUCCACGCCCAAUUCCUCGCCGGCGGUCUCCUCCGCUCUGCUCCUCUCCUGACCACGUUCCUCUCAUCAUGCUAUCGCUCGCAAGAACCUCGUUACGCUUUGCUUUUCAUGCGCAACCUGCCGAUAUGUAUUCCAUCUCUGUGGAACUCGGCGGUUCGGCUGUCGCUGGACUCCGGCCCGUGGCCAGAUUUUGUGGGGUUAUACAGUGGGAUGCUCCGUGAUAGCGUCUUGCCCAGCAAGACUGGGUUGCUCGACUUCUAUGGAAAGGUUGGAGAUUUGAGGUGUGCAAGAAAGAUGUUUGCGGAAAUGCUGCAGAGGGACGUGGUGGCUGAUAACGCCAUGGUUUCUGUGCUUAGCAAGCAUGGAUGCGUGGAGGAGGCUCGUGAUUUGUUCGAUAAUAUGCCGCAGCGGAACUCGGCUUCUUGGAAUUCUAUGAUAACUUGCUACUGCAAGUUGGGUGACAUUGGCUCUGCCCGUUCAAUGUUUGAUGCAAACCCAGUCAAAGAUGUGGUCUCUUGGAAUGCGAUGAUUGAUGGGUACAUAAAAGCGGACCAGCUACUGGCUGCUCAGGAGUUAUUUGUACGGAUGGGAACUGCCAGGAAUUCUGUUACUUGGAAUACUAUGAUAUCAGGUUAUGUUCAGUGUAAGGAAUUUGGAAAAGCAAUAGCCACUUUUCAAGAGAUGCGGCUUGAGAAUGUGAAACCGACUGAAGUCACUAUGAUUAGUUUGUUAUCUGCCUGCGCUCACCUCGGAGCGCUGGACAUGGGUGAAUGGAUUCAUGAUUACAUCAGGAGGAAGCGCUUAAAAAUUGAUGCUGUUUUAGGUAAUGCCCUUAUAGAUAUGUACAGCAAAUGUGGAAGCAUAGAAGCUGCUUGUGAUGUAUUCAACAGGCUUCCUGUGAAAAAUAUCUUCUGUUGGAACUCGAUCAUAGCAGGAUUGGGCACAAAUGGUUAUGGUGAAAAGGCAAUCGAUCUCUUUGCUUUGAUGCUGGAGGAGGGACCAAAGCCAGAUGGGGUCACCUUUGUUGGACUCCUUAGUGGGUGUAGUCAUUCUGGUUUGGUUUCUGCUGGCAGAAGAUAUUUUUCUGAGAUGCAUGACAUUUAUGGAGUUACACCAGCGAUUGAACACUAUGGCUGCAUGAUUGACCUAUUGGGACGAGCAGGGUUGCUCAAAGAAGCUGUUGAACUUGUGAAAACCAUGCCAAUGAAGCCUAAUGCGCAGGUAUGGGGAAGUUUGCUCAGGGCUUGUCAAAUUCAUAAGGACACUGAACUCAGUAAGCAUGUGGUUCAGAAUCUGCUGGAUUUGGAUCCACGCGACGGAGGAAAUUAUGUGUAUUUAUCUAAUUUUUAUGCAUCAUUAAGUCGCUGGGAUGAGGUUAAUGUGUGCCGCAAGGUAAUGAUUGAUAGAGGGGUACACAAAGAACCGGGAUGCAGUUCAAUAGAGCUGGAUGGUAUAGUGCAUGAGUUUGUGGCUGGGGACAGUAGACACCUGCAGAUCAUGCAAAUUAACUUGUUUCUAGAUGAGAUUGCAAAGAAGUUAAAAGAGCAUGGCCAUGAGUCUAAUAGAGCUCUAGUGCUCCAUGAUAUUGAGGAUGAGGAGAAGGAAACUGCAGUCAGCUAUCACAGUGAACGAAUUGCUGUUGCUUUUGGGCUCAUGAGCACACCACCUGGGAAGACUAUCAGGGUGGUGAAGAACCUCCGCACAUGCAGUGAUUGCCAUUCUGCUCUUAAAAUUAUUUCAAAUGUAUACAAGAGAGAAAUUAUUGUGAGGGAUAGGAGAAGGUUUCACCACUUCAAGGAUGGAUGCUGUUCCUGUAGGGAUUAUUGGUAAAUCAAAACAUACUAUUGGAGGGCAUAAUUUGUUUUUUCUAUCAAUGGAUACCUAAACCGAGUUUGUACCUGUGGGUAUUAUUACUCACUUCCUUAGACUGAUCCAAUGACAAUCACUUCAACAUCAUGAGGCUUCUUUAUCCUAAAA